UUUUGUUUCUGAUCAUUAUCUGCAGGGUGGAGCAUCUAAACAGGGGCAUUGUGGUCGCUUCCCGGUGUCUUGGGUCUUGGGUUUGUUAUUGCGCCGCAGGCAGAUUCUUGUCACUUCCAUCGUCCCUCUUUGGCGCAGGUUUGCUUUUCUUUGCCAUCGGUGGCAAUCGGAGCAUGGGGCGAAAAAGAUCGAAGGUCAUCUCUCAACGGGUGGUCGCACAAGGUUCUCUUGGGUUUUCGGGAGUCGCAGGCCUUUUGUCGAUUUCCCUUCAAUGCUGGCGCUGCUUCUUUCUGGGAUUCGACUCAUGUUGUGGUCGCUGCGGGGAGAUUUUCCUUUUAGUUUUUUGCAUCUUUGGGAGCGCAAUUCACACAUACCACGAAGGAGGAGAGCAAAAAAGAGAGAGUACAUUGCAACGACCAUUUGGGAGCCAGGAGACUUUCUUACUACUUGGGAUACGGGGUUCGGGGCAGGGAAUCGGUCUUGUUCGUCGUCGUCGGUCUUCUUGUCUUCAGUGGCAACACUGCACUACUUUAAUACUCUAUUUUGCGAAUGGGAAAUGGGACGGAACGGGAAUGGCUCGGAGCACAAUCUAUUAUCCUUUGCUCUGUCGAUUUCAAUUCGGACAGAUUUUCAUACCUAGGUACAUAUGGGUUCAAAAGCGCUGGCAAUGCAGACUGUGACGUGCCGGGAUCUCGAUCGGAGCCAAUAUCGAAUCAGCAGUGGCGAUGCUCGACCUCGCCAGCUAUGUUGACCCCGAAAAUACGAUGCGAUGAAGCAUUCCCUGGCAUGGGUCAGACACCGCACGCACUUCUGAAGCAGGGAGACAUGUCGACAGAUGAUGAAGUGGAGGCAGCUGGAGAGAAGCGCGAAAUUUCCAGGGCGUA